AUGGCCAACACCAUUAUUGCACAACCGGCACCUGUGGGUGACCACGGUAACAGCCCCAGUCGCCGCAUCCGCGGCCAGCGCCGCCAAUACACGUGCGGCUACUGCGAGAAGGUGUUCAAGCGCAGCGAGCACCGCAUCCGCCACGAGCGCACCCAUACCAACGAGAAGCCGUUUUCUUGUCGCUACUGCAAGCGAUCUUACUCGAGAAAGGAUCUCGUGACCAGGCAUGAGCGCACUCUACAUGCACAGGGCCAGGCUGAGCCUUCUGCCCUACCCGCCCUAGUUAAUCCGGGCGAGGGCGACGGCUCGUCUGAUGGGUCACUGAGCGAGGCGGGCGAGGGCGAGAUUGCACGUCGCUCUGGAGAUGCGGACGCUGCUGCUAUCGCUGCCGACGACCCACCGUCAUCCGAGUCUGAAGCUAGCCCAGCCUCGAGCGUGAUUACAUGUGGAGCAGCCGCCGGAGAACCACCCUCUCUGCCUGCCCCUGUGGUCAGUAGCGAGGACGGAAUCGGCGACUCGUCGGCGAUGGACGAGACCCGGCUUCAACCCCCUCCGCAGGAACCACCUCUGGCCCAGUCGACAGUGUCUACUGGUCCGCCUCCAAGUCUCGCCAAUCUACCUGACCCGCCAAGCACUCAUUCGGCAUCACAACCAACUGACGUCUAUCUGGCGCUUCAGGAUGGCUUCAACAUGUACGAGGCCUCGUCGCAGAUGCAUAUGGAUGUCGACGAUGACCGGGAACAACGGAUACACCAUGACGGAUACAGACAGGUGCCCGAGCCGCAGCAUCACCCUCAGCUACAGCGUCGGCCGCAUCAGGCUCAUGACUUUCACCCAUUCCCCCAGUACGAUCGCGGGGCACCAGUGAAUGCCAUGAAUCAGGACUUGGAUCCUGAGUUUUUGCCCACAUUCGAGCCUGACAUGUCUUACUUCGCCUUCUCGCCCCUUCCUGCUGGAUUAUUUGAGGUUGGCCAGAACAUCCCGAUUCUAGACAUUCCCGAAUAUCCGUCGCUUCACAACCCAACAGCCACCCGCUUCGACGCGGCGCUCUCGCCUGCACCAGCGCCGCCAGCGUACUCGCCGUCGCAACUUUCGCCGGUCAACGAUCACGCGGGGUCCAGUGGGUCCGAGACUGUGGUUGCCCGCGAACCACCGAGUAACUUGCCUCUUUUAGUUAAGGACAAGCCCCCGCAGAUCCCCAACUUCGUCGCCGAUGAUACCUUACACGCCUCUAUUUGCAAGGAUCUCGCUGAGCGCCUGGGACGGCCCGAUGUCUCGCAGGAGAUACCCUCAUCCAAAUUCUGCCAAGGGUUCCUCGCCAGCUUCUUGGAAUGCUACUAUCGACACCAACCGUUUAUCCACUUACCAACCCUGUCCACGACCGACACGCCCAGCCCGCUGAUUCUUGCCAUGUGCUGCAUCGGUGCCCUCUACCGCCUCGACCGCCGCCGGGCCCAGCGUUUGUACACCAUCGCUACACAAUCCAUCGCAACGGAUGUGCAGCGGUACACCAAGUCCUCAGAAGAGUGGCCUCUCUGGGUUGCUCAGACCAAGCUGCUCUUGUCUGCCUACGGUGCUCUGAGCGGCAAUAAAGACCUGGCGACAUCAGUCAUGGAUGAAAACGGCUUCUACACACUGGUUUACGGCAAGAUGCGACUUGCCCUUGCAGCCGAAAAUCCCGACCUGAAUAAGAUGACUUGGGACUCUUGGGUGCGCCGGGAAUCCUGGAAACGACUCCUAGGAGGCAUUUACGUUGCGAGCACGGUUCACGUGGUCAUUUGGGAUACCAACCCGGGCUUCAACACAUCCCAGGAUUUGGAGCUCGAAGUGUUACACGACGAAAGCCUUUGGAACGCAAAAACAGCCACUGAAUGGCGCGAGCUGCGGGCUAAUCUGCCCCAGCAGGACUAUCGAACCUUGAAGGACGGGCUGGCGAGCAUCAUGUCUGAGGGCAAGCCCGACUCUCCGGGGAUUAGCGCUUGCCGCCUCUCUUCCUUCACUGCUCUUCUUCUGAUGCAUGCCGUCAUCGUCCACAUGUGGCAGCUAGUCCAGGUGGCUCAAGCCCUGUCACCUACACCGCUGUCGCUGGGGCGCGACCCGGUCAGUUCGCUGCUCAUGAGCACGGCAGUCAGGUCCUUGGCGCGAUGCCAUGAGCUUCUCGACAAUGCCCAGAACGAGAAUGCUGGAGACCCAGGCCAUGAAGAAGGGACGUCGCAGAUCUUCAACUGCCAGGCGACCCUGAGGAUGGCCUACAUUAGGCUUUUCAGCGUGGCAAACGGCUUCAACCGGCUCAGCCUCAUCACGUUGGAUCCGGCCGCCAUUGAAUCAUUCGUGUCCACGUUUGCGAUCACGAAGCUAGAGCGAGGGCCGCAGCUGCUCAACGCCGUCGUCAAAGCCUUCGAGGGACUGAAGAUUCCUGUCAGAAUGGGACACAUGCUUGUGCGUAAGACGGCAGCACUCCGCUGGAGCCCGGCCCAUGCCAUAUCGGGCUGGGAUUGCGCGCUGUUUGUCUGCAAAUGGGUACAUUCAGUCGAGAUGGACCGCCUGAAUGACAUCGAACCAAGCAUGGCCGAGUGCGAGCUACUUGCAUCCAUAACGGACGUGCUCGAGGAGGCCGACUAUGAUCCAGGAAAGAGCAGGUCUCUGGCCGCAGGGGUGGCCAGGACAUGGAGCUGGCUGCUUCAGGAUGUGUGGGUGUGGAGCAUUACUCCGCGUAUGGGUGCUGUCCUCGAGCAGAUAGCCACUGCCUUUGAGCGAGUCAACGAUGCAAAUCGGCGUCCUGGGGCGUAA